AUGCAGAGAUUAUCCUUAGGCGUGGAUUGGCUGAGAACAUUGGGGAAAUGCGAGCAUGACUGGGACAAACACGAAAUGUCAUUCACGUAUAACGGAGAGCGUAUUACGUUGUUUGGCGAUCCAGCUCUUCAAUCCAGUGGUCGCUCGUUUAAAGAUAAUCACUCGCUGAGUUGCUUGGAGUUAGUUGGAUGGGAUAUUGAGGCAGGAGAACUGAAUCAAACUGAAGUAAAAGAAGAUAUUCCAGAGAAGGUGCAAUCAUUGUUGGAUAAGUUCUCCGAAGUUUUUGCCGAACCAACUCAGUUACCACCUGUGAUCAAUCAGUUACUGGAUGAAUUACAUGGAGCGAGAGUAUUCUCCAAGCUAGAUCUCAGAGCGGGUUAUCAUCAGAUAAGGAUGUUGGAAAGACAUAUUGAAAAGACUGCUUUCAGAACGACGAAUAGGCACUAUGAGUUUCUUGUGAUGCCGUUCGGUGCCAGCAUAGAGGAGCAUGUGGAUCAUCUCGCUACAGUUCUGGAAGUAUUUGUGUCUCAUCAGCUGUUUGCGAAUCAGAAGAAGUGUAUGUUUGGUCAGUCGCAAGUUGAGUAUUUGGGACAUAUUAUCUCCUCAGCUGGUGUAGCAACUGACCCUUCAAAGACAAAGGCAAUGAAGAAUUGGCCUGUGCCAAAGACAGUGAAAGAGUUGAGAGGCUUUCUCGGUCACACCGGUUAUUAUAGAAAGUUUGUUAAAGGCUAUGGUACGAUUGCACGACCUUUAACCGAGCUAUUGAAGAAGGAUUCGUUUGACUGGGGUAACGGCGCACAAAUGGCGUUUGAAAAGUUGAAGGAAGCUAUGAUGACAGCUCCAAUUCUUGCCUUACCUGACUUUUCUGAGGUGUUUGUGGUAGAAUCUGAUGCAUCUGGCUACGGUUUGGGAGCAGUGUUGAUGCAAAACCAACGCCCGAUUGCCUAUUUCAGCUCCGGGUUAUCGGCAAGAGACCAAAUUAAACCAAUAUACGAGCGGGAAUUAAUGGCGAUCGUGUUAGCUAUUCAGAAGUGGAAACACUAUUUGUUGGGAAGGAAGUUUGUAGUUCACACGGAUCAGAAGAGUCUGAAGUUCUUAUUGGAGCAACGUGAAGUCUCAAUGGAUUAUCAGAAAUGGCUGACUAAACUCUUGGGAGCCAAUCUCUAUGAAUGCAAUGGAGCUGAUGUCAGUCACUAUUCCUGCCAGUCUACAGUCCAAGACAUCUAUAAGGAGAUUGAGGAUGACUCGUCGAUCCAGGACCACAUUGAGAAGGUUGUGGAGGGGUUAGAAGACAGGGAAGAGUUUACAGUGGUAAAUGGGAGGUUAUUUCGUAAUGGGAAGCUGGUGAUUCCGCGAAGCUCGUCUAUAAUUCCUUUGAUUUUGCAUGAGUUUCACUCAAGUGUAGAAGGGGGUCACUCAGGAGUUUUGAAGACUACUAAGAGGGUACAGACGGUUUUUUAUUGGAAGAAGAUGCUGUCUGAUAUUAAGAAGUAUGUCUCCGAAUGUGACACUUGCCAAAGGCACAAAUAUUCAACGCUUUCACCGGCGGAUCUUCUUCAACCAUUACCGAUUCCGAAUCAGAUUUGGGAAGAUCUCUCAAUGGACUUUAUCGAGGGCCUACCUACUUCUAAAGGUGUAAAUGUGAUCUUCGUGGUGGUCGAUCGCCUCAGUAAGUUUGCACAUUUUGUGAAGCUUAAACAUCCGUUCACAGCGUGCGACGUGGCAACCAAGUUUAUACAAGAGGUGGUUCGCUUGCACGGUUUUCCUGCUUCGAUUGUGUCUGACCGUGAUCGGAUUUUUCUGAGUAGCUUUUGGAAGGAGUUUUUCAAGCUGGCUGGGACGAAGUUGAAGUUCAGUACAGCCUUUCACCCUCAAUCUGAUGGUCAAACGGAGGUCCUAAACCGUUGCGUGGAGACUUAUCUUCGUUGUUUCGCCUCGUCACAUCCCAAGUCGUGGGCUACGUAUUUGCCGUGGGCAGAGCUAUGGUAUAACACCAACUUUCACACUGCCAUUGGAUCAACCCCUUUUCACGUAGUCUAUGGACGAGAGGCGCCUAGUUUGUUGCGGUUUGAGGAAGGCUCAACAGCAAACUUUGAAUUGGAGCAGAUGUUGCGAGAACGAGAUGGCAUUUUGAGAGCGAUAAAGGAGCAUUUGCAGAUGGCUCAGGCUCGGAUGAAAAAUAAUGCAAAUAAACAUCGCAGGGAGCUUUCUUUUUCCAUUGGCGAUAAUUUUUUUCUGAAGUUGAGGCCUUAUCGUCAACAAUCGGUUUCGAAGAGGCUGUAUCAGAAAUUAGCUGCCCGUUUCUAUGGUCCGUUUGAGGUUUUGGAACGCAUUGGACAAGUCGCGUAUCGUUUGAAGUUGCCCGAGAGUUCCAAGAUACAUAACUGA